AUCAGUUUUUGAAAAUCGUAAACAUGAAGGCAUUCAUUGUUCUGGUUGCUCUGGCUUUGGCCGCUCCUGCUCUUGGUCGCACCAUGGACCGUUGCUCCUUGGCCCGCGAGAUGUCCAACCUGGGCGUCCCCCGUGACCAAUUGGCCCGCUGGACCUGCAUUGCCGAGCACGAGAGCUCCUACCGCACCGGAGUGGUCGGCCCUGAGAACUACAACGGAUCCAACGACUACGGCAUAUUCCAGAUCAACAACUACUACUGGUGUGCCCCUCCCAGCGGUCGUUUCUCCUACAACGAGUGCGGUCUGAGCUGCAAUGCCCUGCUGACCGACGACAUCACCAACUCCGUCCGUUGUGCUCAGAAGAUCCUGGGACAGCAGGGAUGGUCCGCCUGGUCCACCUGGCACUACUGCAGCGGAUGGUUGCCAUCCAUCGACGAGUGCUUCUAAGCUCGCUUCUAAUUACAUUUUGACCGUCAAUAAACUAUCGAUUUAAACUGAA